AAUUAUUACACUUGUCGUUUGCUUUCCAUUCCUUCCCAUUAAAUGCUCUUUGCCUCCUUUUUCUCUCAUCCUCCUCACCUUUUGUCACUGUAUUUGCAGGUUUUAUCGGUGACCUGCAACCAACUAGGGUUUCUCACUCUUUCAUCAAACUCUAAAACCUACCUUGCCUAAGCAAAUUUCCCCUUUCAUUGGCAGCUCCUGCAUAGUCUUUUUCCUAGGAAACACUCAACCAACAGAUCUUGAAAGAGCCUACUCAUCAACAAAGGGUUUGGCUGAAAUUCAAGAUGACAUUCAAUGAAGACUGCUUUGCAGGCCAAAAAAGCAAAAGUAGGUUGAAGAGAAGAAAACAAUAAUUAAGAUUAUGGCUUCUUCCAGCUAUUCCAAUUCUCCAUGUGCUGCCUGCAAGUUCUUGAGGAGAAAAUGCCUGCCCGAUUGCAUCUUUGCUCCAUAUUUUCCUCCUGAGGAGCCACAAAAAUUCGCCAAUGUCCACAAGAUUUUCGGAGCAAGCAACGUCGGCAAACUCUUAAACGAGGUGAUGCCCCAUCAGAGGGAAGAUGCAGUGAACUCUCUUGCCUACGAAGCCGAGGCGCGCAUGAAGGAUCCCGUCUAUGGCUGUGUUGGAGCCAUCUCCGUCCUCCAACGACAAGUCAUUCGACUCCAGAGAGAAUUAGAUGCCACAAACGCUGAUCUCAUCCGCUAUGCCUGCAAUGAAGCGCCUGCUCCUGCAACAUCUCAGUUUGGCUCAAGAAGGGAUUCAAAUCAAGGACAAGGAGCUGUUGAUCAAAAUUCCGCCUUCUACUUUCCCUAUAAUAACGAUCAUUUUGGAGAUGGCCAUGAGUAAGAAGAAGGUAACAUGUGAUUAUCCAUAAAUAAUCAACCAUCUAUAUGUGUACUUGCAGAGUUAUGAGCUAGAGGAACCCUUUUAGGGUUUCUUAUUAUACAUAUAAGGGACUGCUAUAUACAUAUAUAUAAUUAUUUGGGAAUGUUAUUUUGUUAAACUUCUCAGUUUAUAAUAUAUUUUUGAGCUCCAUUGAUGAGCUGAAGCAUUAUUUCA